AUCUAUUAUUGUUUACUGUUGAAAAACCUUUUUAUAUUAUUUUUUUAUUGGCCGUAAACUAGCGUAAGCGACAUUCCUCACCUGGAUGUUCUAAAGUACAGCAGCACAGCGAGUUCCUGAACGCAACUGCAGUUAACGCGUGUUUUCACCAACCAACGCGGGAUUGUGACGUUCACCACGCGGAAACUGUUUAUGUAGCAGCUUGUUUUCGGGUUUAGCAGCGAUUAAGAGCUGAUUUUUCUCCUUUAAAACGUUUUAAUAAGUAAAUAUCGGGAUGGGGAAAGCGGAUUUUCUCUCCCCUAAGGCGAUAGCCAAUCGGAUAAAAUCUAAAGGUCUCCAGAAGUUGAGGUGGUAUUGUCAGAUGUGUCAGAAACAAUGUCGAGAUGAGAAUGGCUUUAAGUGUCACUGCAUGUCGGAGUCCCACCAGAGGCAGCUGCUGCUCGCCUCAGAGGACCCCAACAAGUUCAUGGACUAUUUCUCCGAUGAGUUCAAAAGUGACUUUGUGGAGCUGCUCAGAAGACGUUUUGGGACGAAGCGAGUGCACAACAACAUCGUCUACAAUGAAUACAUCAGCGACAGAGAGCACGUCCACAUGAACUCCACACAGUGGGAGACGCUCACCGACUUCACCAAGUGGCUGGGCAGAGAGGGUUUGUGUAAAGUGGACGAGACCCCUAAAGGCUGGUACGUCCAGUACAUCGACCGCGACCCGGAGACCAUCCGGCGCCAAGAGGAGCAGGCGAGGAAGAAGAAGCAGGAGCUGGACGACGAGGAGAGGAGCGCCAAGUUCAUCGAGGAGCAGGUCCGCAGGGGCCGCGACGGCAAGGAGGUCGACGAAACUCCAGUUUACACAGAGCUGAAACGAGAGAGCGAAGAGGAAAAAGUCGCUUUCAACCUGGGAGCCUCUUCGUCUGUCGCCGGUCCGUCCAAAUCCAGCUCUGCUCUGAGUGCCGGCGCUCUCAAAGCCGCGGCGUCGUCGACCAAGAGGAAAGACACGAGUUCAGACACGAGAGGAGAGAAGAAGAAGAAAUCAGCUCUGGAGGAGAUCAUAGAGAUGGAGGAGAAGAAGAAGAAGCAGUCGGUCAGAACGGAUCACUGGCUGCAGCCGAACAUCGUGGUCAAAGUCGUCACCAAGAGACUCGGAGAGAGAUACCACAAGAAGAAGGCCGUCAUCACGGAGGUGCGAGACAAAUACGGAGCCGUGGUGAAGCUGAUCGACUCGGGAGACAAACUGAAACUGGACCAGAAUCACCUGGAGACGGUGAUCCCUGCACCAGGUAAACGUGUCCUGAUCCUGAACGGAGCGUACAGAGACACGGAGGCUCUGCUGGAGGGGAUCGACGAGAAGAACUUCAGCGCCACGCUCACACUCGACUCCGGUCAGCAGAAGGGGAAGAGAGUGGACGUGGCCUACGAGGAUUUCUCUAAACUGGCCUGAACCAUCCGCCUCCCCGUCUUCUUCCUCAGGGACUCUACUGUGUCAGAGAUAUUUCCCCAGUGUUCCCCUGUACAUAAAC